AUGUCUGAGGUCAUUGCAAGUCCCCUCCCCCCUCCCAUUCCCCGGUCUCGCUCACAGGUAUGUGCAUUUGUAAGCUAUGCGGAUGAGCUUGUCAGAGCUUGCGCUGCUGUGACUACCUGUAUGUUAUGCAGACGAAGAAAUAGAGAUAGGUUCAACCCCGGAGUUAGAUGGAGGACAGACAAUUUCUCCGUUGGUCGCCGUGAUGCACAGUAUCACGGGGGUGAUUCAUACCGUGCCUGCCCGGGGUUGCAGUUGCACCGCUACCGCAUGAUACGGGGGAGAGGGAGAGGAGAAGGAGGCCGGGAACUGCCCAGUGCCCACCGUUCGGUACCCUACCGGUAUUGCCAUUCUCACCCUCAACUCGGCACAGACAUCGCUACAGGCACAGAUACUCGCAUCACACAGAAGGCUGUCAUAAGUGACAAGCUCCAUCACCGCAUCGGAAAGCGUAUCUCAUAACUUUACAUUUUGUUCUAUCCGAACUUAUUCACCGCCUUAUCCUCCGGGAAAUACUGUCCUCGCCAUUCAAAUAGCACGAAAUAGCACGAAAUUCAUCUACCACUGUUAACUGUUCAAAAACCUCACCCACCACUACAAUUUUAACAUUCUGCUAUUCGAGUAUGCAAGUAUCAUAGUACUGCAGCUUCCUGGGGUCCGAAUACCGAAGUUCUUGCCUCAUUUUUUCCAUUUUUCCAUUUUUUUCCUGUUAGUGCUUCUGUUUCUUCCCCAUCUUGACAACUGCCAUUUCCUCCAUUCAUCUAUUCAUCCCCACCACCAUCUCGUUCCCCAAGCAAUCGUUCCUUCCCAUUCCCACCUACCUUCUACUUUAAUAUCUCCCCCGCCUGCUCCUAUUCCCUUCGAACCUCCCAUACACAUACUCCACCGCAUCACCUACAUUUCCAUUUUCGUUCUCACCAUCCUCGCCCACCGCUGCUGCAUCUUUGAAAGCUGCAGUACCCUGUCACGUUGUGCAGCCCGUUGCCGGAACCACUAGCGGAACCCAUCCCCACUUCUUGUUUCCUCGCGGCUGCACCAUCUUUAUCCGUUGGCAGCGCUCUCUUACUACCGGUAUCUCUCUCUCUCUCUCUCUUACUAUUUCCCACCAAGUUAGACUGAAGGUGAGUUUGGUGUGUGUGAUAGAAGCCCCAGAUUUCCUGUCAACGCGCGCUUCCCUCAUCCCACUACUGGUACCCUCGAAUCCUGUCCGUGUUCUGUCCCUCACCCCUCUUCACACACCUUCUAUCCUACACUCCACCCUUUUACCAUACCCCCCUCGCCCUUAUCCCGUCUUCCUCAUUUUCGCCCCUGCACCUUAGGCUUUCCCCAAUCCUUCCUGCCCUCCAAAUUCCCUAAACCCUCAAACAACCUUUACUGAAAGCCAACCGCCACCGAACCUCUUGCCACCAUCGCCGAGGAAACCCAUUUUUGAGUCCCGCAAACACCUUCGCUUGCCCUUAGUCAAGUGGCAGUCCUUUUUAUCACACAUAGCCUCUAUCCUUUUUAUUCUCGCAGCUUUCUGUGAUUACUAUCUCAGAGGUGUC